UAUUCUCCCACAUUCCUCGAUCUCUUCGGACCAAAACACAGAAAACAUGUAGAAAAUGUCAGCGGAGUUGCUUCUCUCCACACCACAGAUGUCGCCUUCAAGGGAGCCGUCGUCGUAGAAGCAAGUUAUGGAUUCCCGCCUUCCAUGUUUGAUCGUUUUCAUCCUGACUGGCCUGACCCCAUCAUGCCUUGGAGACGACAAUGGCACCCGCCGUCAUGACUACUGCGUCCUUGGAGCUGGACCUGCAGGGCUGCAAAUGGGGUACUUCCUCUCCAAGGCUAAACGAGACUACAUCAUCUUGGAGAGGAACUCUGGACCAGGCAGCUUCUUUCACAAAUAUCCCAGGCACAGGAAGCUCAUCAGCAUCAAUAAGAUCCACACCGGACGGCAGAACAGGGAGUUCAACCUCCGCCAUGAUUGGAAUUCCUUGCUGAGCGACAAGCUGGAUCUCCUGUUCCGGCGAGUGAGCCGGGACUUUUACCCGCCGGCCGAUGCCUUCCCGCUCUACCUGGCCAUGUUUGAGAGGGAGCUGGGUCUGAGGGUCACAUACGGUGUGGAUAUCGGAAGGAUCAGGGCCGUGACGUCGUUGACGAGCAGGAUUUACGUGCUAACCGACCAACUUGGAAAGGACUACACUUGCGGCGUUCUUCUGGUGGCGACCGGUCUCUGGGUUCCUCAGGAGGCAGAAUUUGUGGGUUCCGACCUGGUUGAGGGCUAUGAAUCCAUCUCCACUAACCCUGAGGAAUACACGGACCAGGCUGUGCUGAUUCUGGGCAAGGGGAACUCUGCUUUUGAGACGGCGCAGAGCAUCUUGGGGAAAGCUAGCCGGGUCCACAUGGUCAGUCGCAGUCCUGUUCGCCUGGCCUGGCAAACUCAUUACGUUGGAGAUCUCAGGGCUGUGAAUAACGAGCUGAUAGACACCUACCAGCUGAAGUCCCUUGAUGGGUUGGUAGAAGCCAGCCUGGAGCGAAUAGUGAUCGUCCAACAAAAGGACCAAAGCAGGAAGAAGUCCAGCACAAAAGCUGGCAAAGAGGAGAAGGGACAAUUGUAUGUGACCAUAAAUAAGUACGUACAACGGCAGUCCGAAAAGAACAGCUCGGAUGUGACAGCGGAGGAGCUGCUUGGACAUCACAUCGACAACUUCUCCCUGCGCAAGCCCUAUGACCGUGUGAUUCGAUGCCUUGGCUUCCGAUUCAACUUCAGCGUAUUUGACAGUUCCAGCUGCCCACCUAAGAGUGAAAAUGCAAGAGGGAGGUUGCCAAGGGUGAACGCCUGGUACGAAGGUUCUGACACCCCUGGUUUGUUUGUAAUUGGAGCUGCCGCUCACUCCAGAGACUACCGCUCGUCAGCUGGUGGUUUUGUCCAUGGAUUUCGCUACACAGUGCGAGCUGUACAUCGUGUGCUUGAACACCGUUACCAUAGAGCACCGUGGCCAUCAACUCAGCUGUUGACAACGCAGCUGCUGUCUGCAGUUCUGAAGCGGGUGGGCGAGGCCUCCGGGCCCUACCAGAUGUUCGAGAUGCUUGGAGACGUGAUAUUGUUGAGAGGAUCUCACUGCCAAUAUGUGGAGGAGUUCCCACUCCAGGCCUUGCCUCAGUUCUCUUCUCUCUCGGGCCACGAGGUGUCCGGACAUGGACUGUUGGUUCUAGUGAUGCAGUACGGGAAGAAGAAGAUCGACUAUCUGGGAGGAGGCCGGGCGGUAACAGAUUGGACCAAAGCUUGGAAAUCCAACUUUUUGCACCCAGUUUUGUACUACUACGACAUGCUUCCUACUGAGGAAGAGAUGAAGCAUCGUCCCCACGGGUGGCCUUUGCCAAGGCCGAAGGCAAUUCAUCACAUGGUUGAGGACUUCCUCACUGAGUGGGAUGGUCCCAUAUCUCACAUUCAGCCUUUGCGGCGAUUCCUAGAACACUGUGUCCACACUGACCUCAGAGCCUUCUAUGCAGAAUCUUGUUUCCGCUUAUCCCUCACACACCGGAAGCCGCCGCUGUUUUGUCGCCAAGGAUACUUGAAGCAGCAAGGUAUGGUUGAUAGUAAACCGCAGCACUUUCCUCCCACUAUGCCUGGAGAGCAGCGUGCGGACACAGCUGGAGCUGACGCUGCGUUCCCAAACUACCUGGCACAAGCCGGAGCCGCCAUGUCGUCAGGAAUAAAACUUGACUUGUGAUUGUUUUUAAUAUAUUAGUGUUUAUACGUGUGACACCAUCCAGGUCUCUAUACCUCCAGCACGUACAAAUCCAGACAAACCAUUAAGAUCACUGGUUCCUCACCAACUGAUCCUUCAUUUUGUCGCCAAAGCUCUAGAUGUUAGCCACUUGAUCUGCCAAAGAAUAAAUGAUUGCCCUUGCUUUAGUUUUGUAUAUGUUGCACAGUGGGGCAAUGCAAUAGAGUAUAGUGAAAUAUGGCUGAAAACAGCAAAGAAGCUAAAGAAGAACGUUCUCAUGUUACCGAGCAAAGGUUGCCAAGCGUCCCUUGAAAAACAGAAUUGUCCUGUAUUUAGAAGCAAAGGUACAGUAGGUCUGGGUUCCUUUUUGCCUCAUCCCACAUUUAAGGUGUGAGUAAAGAAUGUAGUCGUCGUCGUCGGCAUCCUUCCGUCUCGGGAGACGAUGAGGUAUAUCCAAAAAGGGGGGUGGGUCUCACUGCGAGAUAGCCCCUGGCACCCGUUUCUUUCGCCAAUCGAAUGGGCUUAGAACCGGUAUCUGCUGGAGUGACCUCUCCAGUGGAACUCUCCAGUGGAUCUACACGGCCUGGGCAUUGAACUAUGGAGGGCAAUCUGUUGUCCAGGCAGCAAGCCCCCCUUCUCCGCAUGGCUGGUGGACCCACGGGAGCGACGAGUGUCGAUACAACUUGGCACCAGUGAUGCCGCAGGAGUUGCCGGAAUGACGCUACAACGUCAAACCGCCUUCAGGACUCCAGCUCCUGAUUUUCUGUCGGGGUUUACUCCCUUUGCCUUACCCUCCAGUGGGUUGACCGCAAGGCAGCGGUGGUUUUGAGAUUGGAGAUUUCCUUCUCCUCGAUGGGCCCCAUCUGCCCGAAUGCGGCAGGUAGCACGGGGGUACAUCUUACCCGUGGCGGUAUAAGCCCGACCUGACUCUCAGAAUGCAGUACCGACCUCAUAAGUCCAAAAGAGAAAGAUAUGAUACAGCUGGAGUGUCCAAACUACGGUUGACAAUCCAAAUGCGGCCCGUCAACGUCUUCAAUCUGGACCGUGACACGCACUGAGUUUUAUAAGGAAUCUUAACGGCAGGGAGAUUGCGUUCAUUUUAAUAGUCUGACCAUUUUAAUGCAGACAUAUUUUCGUCAUCCAGUGGACACAUAAGUACUUCAGUUCAAAGACCUUUAAUUAUGGUCUGAAUGACCCAAUGCAAAGAACCUUCCCUAGUCAUGGUGCAAAAAAAAAUCCAACCAACACAAACUGUCAGCUCACAUAACACAACCUUUUCACUGAACUUUGUGGAUUUUAUUAAAAAAAAAACAACAACUUCCAUGCGCCAUUAAAAAAAUCUAAAUUACACCCAUUUAAAUCCAUUACAAAGCAUGAUGGAAAAAAAAUGCAAAACACUCUCCACACUUAUCCAUGUUUGGUGCAUUUUAGCUGCUUGGUAUUUCUGAUUGAUUACAAAACUUUAAGGAGGUUGUUGCGUAAGUAAACAAGGUAGGAGUCUAACCUUAACAUACUCUUAAUAUCCAAUUAUAUUAAUUAUUAAUUAUACAUCCAUUAUAUUAAUAUAAUGUGUGUGUACACAUUAUAUAUAAAUAUAUAAAUAAUAAUAAUGGAUUAGGCUCCAGCACCCCCCGCGACCCCAAAGGGAAUAAGCGGUAAAAAAUGGAUGGAUGGAUGGAUUAGAUUUAUAUAGCGCUUUUCUAGACACUCAAAGCGCUUCACAGAGAAGUGAGAAUCCAUCAUUCAUUCACACCUGGUGGUGGUAAGCUACAUUUGUAGCCACAGCUGCCCUGGGGUAGACUGACGGAAGUGUGGCUGCCAGUUUGCGCUUACGGCCCCUCCAACUACCACCCAUCAUUCAUCAUUCAUUCACCAGUGUAAGCGGCACUGGGGGCAAGGGUGAAGUGUCCUGCCCAAGGACACAACGGCAGCGAUUUGGAUGGUAAGAGGCGGGGAGUGAACCUGCAACCCUCAAGUUUCUGGCACGGCCGCUCUACCCGCUACGCCAUGCCGCCCCAUAUGUGUAUAUAUACACUAUAUUUCCAAAAGUAUUUGGCCACCUGCCUUUACUCACAAAUGAACUUGAAGUGCCAUCCCAUGGAAUUGUCCAAAAUGUUUUGGUAUCCUGGAGCAUUCAAAGUUCCUUUCACUGGAACUAAGGAGGACAAGCCCAACUCCUGAAAAACAAUCCCACAUCAUAAUUCCUCCUGCAUCAAAUUUCACGCUCGGCACAAUGUAGUCUAAAAUGUAGCGUUCUCCUGGCAACCUCCAAACCCAGACUCGUCAUCAGAUUGCCAGAUGGAAAAGCGUGAUCCAUCACUCCAGAGAAGGCGUCUCCACUGCUCUAGAGUCCAGUGGCGACGUGCUUUACACCACUGCAUCCGACGCUUUGCAUUGGACUUGGUGAUGUAUGGCUUAGAUGCAGCUGCUCGGCCAUGGAAACCCAUUCCAUGAAGCUCUCUGCAUACUGUACGUGGGCUAAUUGGAAGGUCACAUGAAGUUUGGAGCUAUGUAGCAACUGACUGUGCAGAAAGUCUUUGCACUAUGCGCUUCAGCAUCCGCUGACCCCUCUCUGUCAGUUUACGUGGCCUACCACUUCGUGGCUGACUUGCUGUUGUUCCCAAACGCUUCACUUUUCUUAUAAUAACGGUGACUUUGUAAUAUGUAGGAGCGAGGAAAUUUCACGACUGGAUUUGUUGCACAGGUGGCAUCCUAUGACAGUUCCACGCUAGAAAUCACUGAGAGCGGCCCAUUCUUUCACAAAUGUUUGUAGAAACAGUCUCCAUGCCUAAGUGCUUGAUUUUAUACACCUGUGGCCAGGCCAAGUGAUUAGGACACCUGAUUCUCAUCAUUUGGAUGGGUGGCCAAAUACUUUUGGCAAUAUAGUGUAUAUAUAUAUAUAUAUAUGUAUAUAUAUCAUCGGCGGUCACUCGAACGAGUAUGACGAUCCUCCUGGUAGGGGUGUAUCCUUUUAUGGAGGAUGCCUGUGCGUGACUUUGUUUUACGUGGGGAGACUGGUGCACUGACAGUCACCACACGAUCCUUGACCGAAUCGGGUCAGGGUCCAGUGGCAUGGAGUCCAAGACGACUGGGGACCCUUUUCUGCUGCAGCCUUCUUCCGCCAUCGCAGCCGUUGUGGUAGUUCUUAAAUCUACUGUCUUCCGCCUGCUCCGCCGUUGAGGUCUUCACCGUAUCCCUGGCUAGGGGGCAGUCAGGUACUAGGCCUUUGCCAAGGUCUACCUGGGGUAACAUUAGUAAAGGGGUUAACCUACUAGUGCCCCAAGACUCCAUAGAGGAGCCUCCACUGCCGGAUGCACUUUAACGUCAUGCCUAUAUAUAUAUAUAUAUAUAUAUAUAUAUAUAUAUAUAUGGACAUGUGUGUAUGUAUGUAUGUAUGUACAGUACAGGCCAAAAGUUUGCACACACCUUCUCAUUCAAUGUAUUUUCGUACUUUUCAUGACUAUUUACAUUGUAGAUUGUCACUGAAGGCAUCAAAACUAUGAAUGAACACAUGUGGAGUUAUGUACUUAACAAAAAAAGGUGAAAUAACUGAAAACAUGUUUUAUAUUCAAGUUUCUUCAAAAUAGCCACCCUUUGCUCUGAUUACUCUUUUGCACACUCUUGGCAUUCUCUCGAUGAGCUUCAAGAGGUAUUCACCUGAAAGGGUUUUCACUUCACAGGUGUCAUAGUUUUGAUGCCUUCAGUGACAAUCUACAAUGUAAAUAGUCAUGAAAAUAAAGAAAACGCAUUGCAAUGGGAAGGUGUGUCCAAACGUUUGGCCUGUACUGUAUGUAUGACUUAGACUUAGAAUUCCUUUUUAUUGUCAUUCAAAUUUGAACUUUACAGUACAGAUAAGAAUGACAUUUUGUUGCAUUAGCUCGUUGUAGUGCAGUAUAAAAGAGCAAUAAGGUGCAGAUAUAAAUAAAUAGAUUACUGUACAGAUAAAUAUAUUGCACUUUUGCAUAUGCAUCCACGUUUAUGGAUGUAUGUUAUAUUGUCUUUAUAUUCCAGCGAGUCAAUCUGUUUUUGGGGGGAAUGGAGGGGAUUAUUAUGAUGCAUUCAAGAGUCUUAUGGCCUGAGGGAAGAAGCUGUUACAGAACCUGGAGGUUCUGCUACGGAGGCUGCGGAACCUCUUUCUAGAGUCCACCAGUGAAAACAGUCCUGGGUGGGGGUGGGAGGAGUCUCUGCAGAUUUUCUGAGCACUGGUCUUAUAUGUAUGAUAUAUAUAUAUAUAUAUAUAUAUAUAUAUAUAUAUAUAUAUAUAUAUAUAUAUAUGAAUAUGUAGUCGACUUUUUCCCCUCGACCAAAUUUUUGAGCCCAAUGCGGCACUCAAGUCCAAAAGUUUGGACACUUCACACCCCUGUGAUACAGUAUUGUCUGCUCACCUGCAUGGAUCAAUUAACCAAACCCCUCUCCUUAAUGCUUCUGUCACACGAAUUCUCACAGGAAUGAGGCAAAAGCUAACCCACACCUACUAUAUAUGUCCCUUCUUCAACUGAAAAUGGGUGCAUGCUGUCUCUUAUUAUAGAGAUAAUUACAAUUAGUUUGUGAAAUGUCAACGCCUCAGCUUGGUUAUCUGUUUUAGCUUCUGGUGUCUGAACUUAUGUGAGUUUAAAAACCCCCUAUAAGGAACAAUAACAAAUAUUUGCUGAAGUGAUAGUAUAAUAAAAUGUUUCACAUAAAUAAAAAAGGCACAACCAGGUUUGGAUCUGCCAACAAUGUCUCCGUUAUUUCUAUUUCAAAAGUUGGCAGCCCUGUACCGACCCUAGAUGGAAACCUUGUCUUUUGCAAAUAUGUGUUCCUUGCAAAACAUGUACCAAUGUUCCCUUUUGUACGACAGGAAUCAACAUCAUUAAACGCAUUGUUGUUGGUGACGGGAAA